AUGGAGAAUCCCGACAACGAUCCUCUUGACUCGAGGGCGCCCACGGAAUGUGGUGACUAUGACAAGGAUGCAGACAUGGAAAAGGAAACCCUCACAGUGCCUGACAUCCGAGAAGCCGCCAGCGCCGAGACCCUUAUAGUCCCAGGCACUAGCAACGCUGUCAGCACAGAAACCAUCGCCUCGCCCGAUUCUAACGACAUCAUUUCAACACCCAGGAAUGACCCAGGAUGGGGCAUGACAGAUCAUGUCAUCUCGAUAAAGGAAAGAGAGGAAGCCGCGGGUUACAAGCCACGACAAUUGGGCAUCACCUGGCAGAAUCUGACUGUUGAGGUGCCAUCUGCUGAGACUACAGUUAACGAAAAUGUCAUCUCGCAAUUCAAUAUACCUCGAGUGAUCAGAGGCUUUCUGCGAAAGCCGCCUCUGAUAUCAAUCUUGCAGGGUAGCCAUGGUUGUGUCAAGCCUGGUGAGAUGUUGCUGGUUUUAGGCCGGCCUGGUUCUGGGUGCACAACGCUGCUCAAGUUGCUUGCUAAUACGCGUCGGGGAUACUAUAAUAUUAACGGAGACAUAAGGUUCGGCAGCAUGACUAGUGACGAGGCCCAGAAGUACCGAGGGCAAAUUGUUAUGAAUACUGAGGAGGAGCUCUUCUACCCCCGGUUGACGGUGGGUCAAACUAUGGACUUUGCAGCGCGGCUUAAGAUUCCCUUCCAUCUUCCGGAUGGAACAAAGUCAAAGGCAGACUACACAGCUGAGACCACCAAGUUUCUGCUGGAGGCAAUGAAAAUUUCACAUACCGUUGAUACAAAGGUGGGAAAUGAAUAUGUCCGCGGUGUUUCUGGUGGAGAGAGAAAGCGUGUUUCUAUCAUUGAAUGUAUGGCUACUCGAGGCUCUAUCUACACCUGGGAUAACAGUACCCGUGGUCUGGAUGCUAGUACAGCACUAGAAUGGGCAAAGGCUCUUCGAGCCAUGACCGACGUUCUUGGGCUUUCCACAGUUGUUACCCUCUACCAGGCAGGUAACGGAAUUUACAACCUGUUUGACAAAGUCCUUGUUUUGGACGAGGGGAGGCAGAUCUACUAUGGACCGGCAGCUGCUGCAAAAAGGUUUAUGCAAGACCUGGGAUUUGUGUAUACUGACGGUGCCAACGUUGGGGACUUUCUGACUGGUGUGACUGUCCCAACCGAGCGCCAGAUCAGACCAGGUUACGAAAGCCGAUUUCCUCAAAAUGCAGAUGCCAUUCUAGCUGAGUACAAGAAUUCGCCAGUCUAUCAACGUAUGAUCGCAGAAUACGACUACCCUAAUAGCGAUAUCGCCCACCAGCGAACUGAAGACUUCAAGGAAUCCAUCGCCUGGGAAAAGUCAAAGUAUCUACCAAAGAACAGUCCGCUAACAAUUAGCUUCUGGAGUCAAGUCGAGGCUUGCACGAUUCGUCAGUAUCAGAUUUUAUGGGGCGACAAGUCAACUUUCCUGGCAAAGCAGAUUCUGUCAACAAUUAUGGCUUUAAUUGCAGGUUCCUGCUUUUACGACUCCCCUCCAACAUCUCUGGGUCUAUUUACCAAGGGUGGUGCCGUCUUUUUCGCUCUUCUUUAUAAUUGUAUUGUGGCCAUGUCUGAGGUCACUGAAUCCUUCAAAGGUCGUCCGGUCUUGCUGAAGCACAAGUCAUUCGCCAUGUAUUACCCAGCUGCAUUCUGUCUAGCUCAAAUUGCUGCCGAUCUUCCCGUGUUGUUGAUCCAAUGCAGUACAUUCUCAAUUGUGAUAUAUUGGAUGUCCGGCUUAAGGCAUACAGCAGCCGCGUUCUGGACCUUCUGGAUUAUUUUGUUUACUGUUACCCUAUGUAUUACUGCUUUGUUUCGUUGUAUUGGAGCCGGAUUUAGUACCUUCGAAGCCGCCUCAAAAGUCUCCGGAACUGCAGUCAAGGCCAUCGUUAUGUAUGCCGGUUACAUGAUUCCUAAAGGCCAGGUCAAGAACUGGUUCCUUGAAUUGUACUACACCAAUCCGUUUGCCUAUGCCUUUCAGGCCGCUCUCACCAACGAAUUUCAUGAUGAGACCAUCCCUUGUGUCGGCAAUAACCUAGUCCCGAAUGGUCCUGGCUACGAAAACGUGCCUCGGGUCAUAAAGCCUGUACGGGUGUUGGUGGAGCCGCUCUUGCUGUGGAGGAACUACGGUAUUGUUUGGGCUUGGUGGGCAUUCUUCGCAGGGCUUACUAUUAUUUGCACCUCAUUCUGGAGUGAUGGAGGCGAUGCUGCUUCCCUAUAUAUACCCCGCGAGAAAGUCAAGCAUGGGGAUAAGUCAGAUGUUGAGGCGCAGAAGGAGAAGAAUCCCAACCGUGGUGCAGGCAGCAGAGUUUCAGGCCCGGAAGAUGAACAUUUAACCCGGAACACGUCCAUUUUUACCUGGAAGGAUCUUACAUAUACGGUCAAAACUCCAACUGGAGACCGAGUCCUACUGGAUCAAGUGUGUGGGUGGGUAAAACCGGGCAUGCUUGGUGCGCUGAUGGGCUCCUCAGGUGCUGGAAAGACAACACUACUUGAUGUCCUUGCUCAGCGUAAAACAGAUGGAUCAAUCAAGGGAUCAAUCAUGGUUGAUGGUCGGCCAUUACCGGUUUCAUUCCAGAGAAUGGCAGGAUACUGCGAGCAACUAGAUGUCCAUGAGCCCUAUACCACCGUCCGUGAAGCACUUGAGUUUUCUGCUCUUCUUCGUCAGUCUCGGGAUAUACCUAAAGACGAGAAGCUCAAGUAUGUCGACACCAUUAUCGACCUUCUAGAACUUCAUGAUCUUGAGAAUACCCUGAUUGAUGAGCCUACAUCAGGUCUUGAUGGCCAGUCUGCAUACAACACAGUCAGAUUUCUGCGGAAACUUGCAGAUGCUGGUCAAGCUAUCCUAGUCACUAUUCACCAGCCCUCUGCUCAACUCUUUGAACAAUUCGAUACCUUACUACUUCUGGCUCGGGGAGGAAAGACAGUUUACUUUGGUGAUAUUGGUGAAAACGCUGCAACAAUCAAAUAUUACUUUGGAAAAAAUGGCAUUGAAUGUCCACCAGAAUCCAACCCAGCUGACUUUAUGAUUGAUGUUGUUACUGGUAGUCUGGAAGCUGCUAAGAACAAGGACUGGCACCAGAUCUGGCUAGACUCACAUGAGCACACACGCAUGAUAAUUGAUCUGGAUAAUAUGAUUGCCGAAGCCGCUUCUAAACCUUCUGGAACUUAUGAUGAUGGCUACGAGUUCUCCAUGCCUUUGUGGGAGCAGAUUAAGAUUGUGACGAAGCGUAUGAACAUCUCCUUGUUCCGAAACACCAACUAUAUCAAUAACAAGGCUUCACUGCAUGUUAUUUCUGCUCUACUGAAUGGGUUCUCCUUCUGGCGAAUUAGCCCUAACUUGUCUGCAUUGCAUCUAAAGAUGUUCACAAUCUUCCACUUUGUCUUUGUUGCCCCUGGUUGUAUCAACCAACUACAACCUCUCUUUCUCCAACGCCGUGAUAUUUACGAUGCCCGGGAGAAGAAGUCAAAAAUGUACUCGUGGUUUGCCUUCACUACCGGUUUGAUCGUAUCUGAGUUUCCUUACCUAAUCAUAUGUGCCGUGCUCUACUUCCUCUGCUGGUAUUACUGUGUCCGGCUCUUUCCCCAUGACUCGAACCGAUCUGGGGCGAUGUUUUGGAUUAUGAUGUGGUUUGAAUUUGUAUAUACUGGAAUUGGCCAGUUCAUUGCCGCUUACGCCCCCAACGCUGUGUUCGCUGCGCUUGUCAAUCCCCUUAUAAUCAGUAUCCUGCUGCUAUUCUGCGGUGUUUUUGUGCCCUACACUCAACUCAAUGUCUUUUGGAAAUACUGGCUGUACUAUUUGAACCCAUUUAACUACGUUGUGGGGGGUAUGUUGACCUUCGGUAUCUGGGAUGCUCGAGUGACCUGCAACGAGGAUGAAUUCGCCGUGUUUGACCCACUUAAUGGAACUUGUGGCGAGUACCUAGCCGCUUUCAUGGCUGGGAACGGGCAGAGAAUUAAUCUGACCAACCCCAACGCUACCUCACAAUGCAAGGUGUGCGAGUUCCGAUCUGGAAGUGACUUCCUGGCAACCCUCAACAUUAACCACUACUAUGUGGGGUGGAGAAACGGCGCCAUCACUGUUCUUUAUGCAAUCAGCGGAUAUGCAUUGGUCUAUGGACUGAUGAAGUUGAGAACUAAGGCCAGCAAGAAGGCCGAAUAA